AUGAGUGGUUUACCACGAGAAAUACUGAAAUGGAUGCAAAGCUUGGACCUUUCUCACCCGGUUAGAAAUACCAGGAGGUAAAAAGAAGAGUAUUUUAACUAUACGAGGCUGGAUACGUUUUGACAACUUUCAUCACUGUUUUGAUCAUUUGUUGCCUUUUGCAUUCCAAACAGGGAUUUUUCAAAUGGAUAUCUAAUAGCAGAAAUUUUUUCAUGGUACUAUCCACAAGAAAUUGAAAUGCAUUCUUAUGACAACGGAACAUCAUUGCCUAGCAGACAGGGAAACUGGUCACAACUGCAAAGGGUAAGGAUCCUGCAGCUCGCAAUUUUUCUGAGCUUUCUGAAAUAUAAGAAUUCUUCUUCUUUCCAAAUUAAGUUAUUUCAAUGACUGAAAAACAUUUAACUAUCUAAAAAUUAGAAAUGUUAACUCAUAAGAUCUUUCCAAGGUCUUACAUAAGUAGAUUUCUUUUCUUAGCAUUCCUGAAAGGACCUGCUGAUCAAGAAAAAGCAUAUUAUAAAGAAACCUAGAGAUCACAAAAGUUCUCAUAUUGUUUAUCAGAACCUCCUUAGAUUAAUCCAAGCCUCUCAUUGCACAAUGCACCAAAGGAAUUUGGUGCUGGUACAAAAGUUACUGCAUAUAAAUUAAAUAGAAAUAGCAUAUAAUUUAUUAGGAAAGGUGGAAUUUUGAAUAUGCAUUUAGAGAAAGGGUUUUCCUUGUAGGCUGAACCUGUCAAAGCCUGAGUCACAGACGUAAUCUAAACCCAGUAAGUAAUGACUUUGGAGCAGGUUGAUAUCCAUGUUUGGGUUCCCACUGGACUCAAUGAAUUAGCAGAAAUGCAUUUUUAAUUUCCCUUCAAUCUGAUUGGCAUAUUGAUAAUGGCUUUUUUAACAUCCCAGUCAUGGUGCAUACUCAAAUCCUGGUACACAGGUGGAGACCCAGAACAUGAAUUUCAGUGCUGGAUUGCAGAUUGACUCAACCAGAAGCUUCUUCCCAUAUGUGGCACAGCCAAAACCUUUCUAAAAUGUAAAUUGGGCUUCAUUUAUGUUGAUUUACUUCUGGUCUCUCAUCUGUUAGUUUUUUCAGCGACACGAGUUUGGUAUUCCCAAGGAAGUUAUAGAAGGGACAAUUCACUGCAAGCCUAAUGCUGCUUCUCUUUUGAUGGAAAAGAUUUACUCUCUCUUAACAAAUAGAGUGUAAGUAGUGAUGCUUCUUAUGGGCUUUUCCCCAGUGUUCCUGGGAUCAGUGAGCUAUAUACUAAGGGUGGUUCUCUAUGAUCAGCAAUACGGUUUUCGCAGUAAGCACAGUACUCAGCAUGCUGUACUUGAUAUUGUUAACACAAUUCUCCAAAACAUGGACAACGGUAAAUUUUCGUGCGGUGUUUUCAUCGAUCUCAAAAAGGCUUUUGAUACUGUUAACCAUGAAAUUUUGUUAGCUAAACUUGAAAAUUAUGGUAUUAGAGGUGUAAUCAACUCCUGGUUCAGAUCAUACCUGACUGAUCGGAAGCAAACUACGGAAGUUAAUAAUGUUGUGUCUGAGGCUGAAACGACCUUGUGCGGCGUGCCACAAGGCUCAGUCCUCGGACCACUCUUAUUCCUACUGUACAUCAAUGAUAUUUACAAGUCCUCUUCGUUAUUUGCCUUUUAUCUAUUUGCUGACGAUACUAGUAUAAUACUUGCAAAUAACAACCUAAAGGAACUCGAAACACUUGUUAAUCGCGAGCUUGGCAACGUCAACGAAUGGCUAAAGGCCAACAAACUGUCCUUGAACAUAAAAAAAUCAAAUUUUGUAAUCUUUCGUCCCCGGCAAAAGAAUAUGCCCUUCAUACCUAGGAUUAGAAUUUUUGACUCCGUGACUAACACCUACGCAAACCUUGAAAUGAAAGAUUAUGUAAAAUAUCUUGGCUUAAUGAUUGAUUCAAAUCUUUCAUGGAAAUACCACAUCGAAUCUAUCUGUCACAAAAUCAGCAAGUCGAUAGGAAUUAUAGCUAAAAUUCGACAUUAUGUCCCGCGUCGUGUUUUACUUUCAGUUUACAACUCAUUAAUUGUCCCUUACUUGACUUAUGGUAUUUGUGGUUGGGGAAAUUGUGCCUUGACAUUUCAAAGAAAGAUCGUAACUCUACAAAAACGGGCCUUACGUCUCAUUUACUUCAGUAAGUCUAAGGAACACGCCGUACCCUUCUUUCUCAAAUCAAAUUGCCUUCCCCUGUCUAGCAUAUUUUUCAGAGAUUGUAGCUAUUUAUUGUAUGAUAUCAACAGACAGAUAGCACCAGUUAGUAUUCUCAAUCAGUUCGUUAAAACAAGUCAGAUUCAUAACUACAGAACAAGAUCUGUCUCUAGCGACUCGUUUUAUGUUAAGUUCUCUAGAACCGAUAAAAUGUAUGCCUUUUUCACGAGAAUCGGUGCCCAAAUUUGGAACUCUAUUCCGUAUUCGAUUAAAAUACUUAAACGUUCGUCCUUUCGUAAAAAAAUAAAGGAAUUAUUACUAAAUUUUUUGCGGUCAGAAGAUGAUUAUGUCGAAGUCUCCCGUCUUAUUAAGUUAUUUAAUACUUUAGGUUAGCCUCUCUUCGUAAUCGUUAUGUACAUGCCUUGUUUUAUGUUAGUUUAAAUUCUAUUUACUGUAUUGUAGUGUCUUCACUGUUAUUUAGUCCAUCUAUAUAUAAAUCUUGUUUUGUAAAUUGUGUUCAGCUGCCCCCGCCUCGAUUAGUUCAUAAGCUAUUUGCGGGUGGGAAAGUAAUGUAAUUAGUUAUUUUCCAAUUUUCAAUAAAAUUUGUCGUUGUCGUUGUCGGUGGUAGGCACUCCCUUAUUUGGCCUAAACAGGUAUGUGUCGCUGAACAGGGUAUGGUUUUCAGGGCCUUGAUUCUUUAAAGGUAUACAGUUUCACUAUUUAGUGUCUUUGGGGUGUCUUUUUGGACUGGAUGCCUCUAAAGGUGAUGUUACAAUGCAAUGAUGAUUUUUAGCGCAACACAGCAUUCCAAUGUUGGAACAAUGUUGUAACCAUUCAAAACAAUGUAGCAACAAUGUUGCAAUGCUGUGUUGCACUAAAAGUCGUUGUUGCGAAUCGUCUCGUGUAACAUCACCUUGAAAGAGUGUGAAGGUUGGGAAUGAAUGAUCUACAUAUGUAUGGUACCAGCUUAUAAAAGUCUAAUUCCAUGUGAAGUUUAACAAAUGAAAAUGCUUAAAAUUCUGUAUACCAAACAAAAUGAACCAGGGUCAUGAAAUAAGAUAUUUUGUCUCACUCAGGGUAGUGAAAUAAACGAUUUUUGUCGAAAUAAACAAGGUCAUGGUUUGAAGGCCUUGGUGGCAAUCUCUACACUGCAAACUUCCUUUGAGCGCUCCCCCCCACUAGGGGAGGAUUACAUAGCAGAAGGUGCCAUUUCAGUAUUUUUGAUAUGUGCUAAUGGGGACACUUAUAAAAAAUAAAGGGUUGCCAGGGAUAAAGCCUCAAGUGACCUCUGUUAACUGCUAAAUUCUCCUUCUAAUUUUCCUUGUAUAUGCUCAUCAAUCAAAGGGAGAAUUUGACAGUUUGACGUUAGUACCUUAUUUCACAGACAGUUCAAUUUUGUGAAUCUAUGUGACUGGUAUGACUAAUAUAACUAACUACUUAACCAUCCAGUGACCAGAGGUUUCAUUUAUCAUUUGUUUCGUAUCUCCACACGGCCAUGUACAUAUCCUAUGUACACUUCAUUAGUUGAAAAGAAAAUUUUUGUCUUCAUUUGGGUAGAAUAAGAAGUUCGGCUGUGGAAGAGGAAUUUGACUUUACUGAUAGCACCUACCAGGAACAACUACCGGCACAUGCGAGAUCUACAGCAGCAAUGGUAAGUUGAGCAACGAUCGUGUCGUAAGUUUAUGCCAAUUCUUAUUAGUUUGAUCUAUUUACUAUGAAUUUUUCAAAAAAUAUAUUUACCAGGAAAGUAUCACAACAUGGGCAUUUUGCAUGCUCUGUAAAGAUAUCUAUUACAUAUGCUCAAUGCUUACAUGAUCAGAGGUGGCACCACUUGCAAAACAUUGGACAUUUUGUAUACGAGAUAGACUCUUACUUGUACAUUGCCAGAUGAGCACGCAGGAACUUUUAAAAAUGCCCAUGAAAUGGGAUCCUUAAGAAUUCCACAAAUUAUGACACCGUGUCAGUUGUUGGUGCCCCACAACAGUUCCAAUAUUGCCUUAUUCUGCAGUUGUCCUCAAAGAGCUUACAGUUUGACUGUCAUAGGUUUGACUUCUCUUAUUUUAUGAUAAUUAUUAUUUUUUGUAAUCAUUCUCAAACAUCUUAAUUUUAGGCGAUUAAAAAUAAUAUUUCAAGUACCGAGUUGUCAACUGAUCCUGAUCGGAUUCUUUGUAGACAGAAGGUAGGAAUAUUUUCAUACCGUAAAAUGUGGUUAUUAUUCCUGUGUCUUAUGCGCAAGCAGGCACUCAGACUAGCGUGGACGAGCCUCUCCUUUUUCACUGUAAUAACAAGUUUUCUUUUUGUUAUUAGGCCCAGGCUAUCAUAAACACGCAUUUAGAACACAGAAGACAAGAAAGAGUAGAGGACCCACGUAAGUAAAAGAAACCCUUAGAACUUUCCGGUUAUGUAAAUGGAACAGGAACUAAUUAUGUUCAUUAUUUAACAGGUCGAUUUGGUAUUCGUCCAACACUUGGCCAGUUAUGUCCAAGGAAAGUUCCUCCGCCAAACUACGAAGAAGGGCUCUUAAAUAGGCACCAAACAGAUGCAGCCGGACAAAACGGUUAGUGAAGAAUUCAUGUAUUAUCAUGACAGAAUUAGUAGUAUAACUGUAAGUUCUUUCAUUCUGUGCAGCGUUUGUUUGUCAAACCAGAUUUACACCUUCUCACUUGGAUUCUGAACGACAACGGUUUCUCCCAUAUAGACUCUGGUCACAUCUCGAGGCUUUUCCUUAUUUAUGUGAUGAAUGAAUGAACAGGAACAGAACGCAAGUGACUCGUUAUCGCAUUUAUCCCUAAAAAAGAGAAGUUGUAAACAGUCUAUGGGAGAGAAAAAGAGAAAUUGUGAACAAUGUAUGCGCUUGCUCUUUUUUUUUCUUUAAAAAAAUAAAGAUUUGCUGACAAAUCUUUGAAAGACAGUUUAAUCCUGAACACAACUCCCUACACCAUUCAUGGGUCACAGUCUCAAACGUUAGAACUAUACAUAUAUAAGACGUUUCAUGACAAGAGUCAUUUGUGACUCCGGGAUGAAAGGUUCAGAGCUGUGCACAGCAUAAAUAACAAGACUCAUGUGAAUCCGAUUGGAAGCAUGACGCACAGAGCCCGUAAUAGGGAGUUUACGUAACCACAACGAGGACGACAGCCACAAUGUAAAAAACACCAGUUGGUUUAACGAAAAAACAGCAGCUCUGUACGUGCAUUACGCUUUUAAAGUACAUUUCUUUGGCGUCCAGCUUCACGACUACGACGUGAAGCCUCUCAAUGCAACGUUUUAUGCAGGACGUGAACAGACGACUACUAAUUUUCCUGUCUUUUUUUGAACUUGGAUAAAGUCCAGGAAAAUCGCUUACAUCAUUUGACAAAUUUGGCUGGUUCAAAUAGACGCGAUAAAGUGUGAAAGGAUGCACUGUCGUCAUUGUCGUCGUUGCUUAAGCUCCCUAAUGCAGGCAAAGUGGUAUCUCUUUGAUCGUCUUUCGACUGUUAUGUCUCGGAUCUUCAGUUUGCGAGAAGUGGCUGAAAUAUUUAUUAAUUUAUUUGUUUAUUUGUUAUUUUCAGACGGAGAAGUUGAUAGUAACCCAGCGCAAUACCGAGAAAUACAAGUCAAUCAGCUCUCGGAAGCAAGUGAAGCCCCUGGCUUUCUGCCGCCGAUACAAACAACCGGAAUGUACUCCAUGGUUCACUAAUCAACAUUGAUUUGUAUUUCAAAAUUAUAUGAGGAAUUAUCCACGACAUUAUAGAGCCCUGUUAUUACAACUACUGCGGAGACAUUUUUACGUUGCGUUUUAGGCAAUUUAUCGAUCAUUAUAGAACGUUUUACGCGAGAAGAUUUAAAUAUCAUUUUGUCAUCUCUCUUUAAUUGGACAGUGCUAAAUGAUUUUUCCUACGUGUUUCAUAACCCCAACGUUUUUUGGUUUUCUGGCUUUCUGCAUCAAAUAUUUUUUUGAAAACACUACUUUAAAAUCAAAAGAUCCUGUAAGAUAGGAAGAGAUUUUCCGGUUAUAGCGCCAGAUGAACGUGGAAAUGGCUGAUGAAACUCCGAUUCGGAUUCAUAUUGGAGUUCAAAACGAGAUGGGAAGAGGCGAGGAACUGCAAAGGACAGGCCCCGAGAUAUUCUGUAGAAACUACUAAUAAAAGGAAACUGCGAUUUUAUUUAAAAGGACGACGGAGUUUCUGGUGUUUGACCACAGAAGACUAUUUUAAGGGAUUAUAGAUGGAUAUUUAAUGUAGGCAUCGUGUAAAUAAAACGCUGCAACACAGCAUCCAGAAGCGCAGGAGCUGGGAAACAGUAACUGUUGUGAACUUAGUACCCUAGCCUUUGAGUUAAAGUGAGGCUGACGGUGACCUUGUUUUGAUAUAUACCUGCUUUGCUCUGAUAUGGAAAUUGGCCUUGAAAAAUACUAGUUAGCAUAGGAAUAACUUGAUUUACACCGGAACCGAUUAUAAGCAGGAAGGUUUGUAUCAAAACAAGGAGUGCUUACCAUUUCUGUGGAAAACCUGGAAAUUUCGGGGAGAAUUCAAAUGGAACGGUUCAUCCCGGUGGAGAUUUUCCGGAAGAAAAGUAAUACCUUUCGAGGUAUUACCUUUUUUCCGUUCUUACCGAAACGACCGAAAUUUUCUGAACCAUUUGUUUGAAUUACCAGUGCCAAGCUUCAUGUCGAGAGGAAGUGAAAAUUUUUUCGGUAUUUUCUAAAUGGUGCAACUCAUGAUCCCGUUCCUGUUUUCGGUGCCCACAAAAAAUACCAGUACCAUUUGACGGAAAUUUUUCACCGAAAUUUCCAUACAAAUGGUAAGCACUCAAGGUCAUUGUCAGCCUCGCAUCCAUCCAUAACUGUAAAAACUGUAAAAUGGCCUAUUGCCAUUGAAAUCCAUCCCAGCGGGAAACUCUGCGUACGAGAUAGAAAAUACAGCUGUAGAAAUGGAGGGAUACAUUCUCUUUGUACAGUGAACACUCACUCGAGUCCGCCUCCGUGUUGGAGGCAGCGUGGCCGAGAUGGACUUUCAAUCAGGUGGCCCCACGUUUCUCGCGUUCUAACCACUAGAAGGACUUGUUCACGGUAGUUCCGAGGUUAACUCCAUAGCCUCACUUGUAUUAUCAAGAUAGUGGAGGUAUCUUACAGGUUCAUAUUACAGAAAAAUGAAUGACGACGAAAGUGUAGUACUCACUAACGUUCGUGUCCGCUUUACCUCGUUUGGGCUCCACACGGCAACUUUAACUUUGUAUUUGGCAACGUACGCUGUUGUAUUCGCCUCUGAAUUCCGUUGCUUCUGCAGGAUGUAAGUCUAACUGUCUACAACUACACUACGAGAAUCUAGCAGAUUGGGGCUUCACUCACUUUCCAGUCUUCCUACGACGCUGUAUAAAUAAAAAGCUUCAGGCUCAACUUUCAAGACUCUUUCAAGAAAUGGGCCCUUGCUAACCUAAGAAGCUAAGCCUUGCAAUGUCUUGCAUGAAACUACGUCUAUUUUUCAGGCAAAUUGAUCGAGUUCAAAUGAAAAGUUAAGUCUUACCAUUUAGUUUAGAGUAGUAUAGAGCCUUUUAGCACAUAACGUCACCAUGGUCAUGUUAGUGUCGGUUAUGUAAAUGGAACAGGAACUAAUUAUGUUCAUUAUUUAACAGGUCGAUUUGGUAUUCGUCCAACACUAGGCCAGUUAUGUCCAAGGAAAGUUCCUCCGCCAAACUACGAAGAAGGGCUCUUAAAUAGGCACCAAACAGAUGUAGCUGGACAAAACGGUUAGUGAAGAAUUCAUGUAUUAUCAUGACAGAAUUAGUAGUAUAACUGUAAGUUCUUUCAUUCUGUGCAGAGUUUGUUUGUCAAACCAGAUUUACACCUUCUCACUUGGAUUCUGAACGACAACGGUUUCUCCCAUAUAGACUCUGGUCACAUCUCGAGGGUUUUCCUUAUUUAUGUGAUGAAUGAGUGAACAGGAACAGAACGCAAGUGACUCGUUAUCGCAUUUAUCCCUAAAAAAGAGAAGUUGUGAACAGUCUAUGGGAGAGAAAAAGAGAAAUUGUGAACAAUGUAUGCGUUUACUCUUUUUUUUUAAAAAAAAAAAAAAAAACGUUAACUGUUAUUAAAUCGGUAAUAAAAUUAGUUUGCAAGACUCUCCAUUAAAGAUUUGCUGACAAAUCUUUGAGAGACAGUUCAAUCCUGAACACAACUCCCUACCAUUGGUCACAGUCUCAAACGAUAGAACUAUACAUAUAUAAGACGUUUCAUGACGAGAGUCAUUCGUGACUCCGUGAUUGGAAAGGUUCAGAGCUGUGCACAGCAUAAAUCACAAGACUCAUGUGAAUCCGAUUGGAACCAUGACACACAGUGCCCGUAAUAGAGGACGACAGCCACAAUGUAAAAAAACAAAAACAGUUGGUUUAACGAAAAAAUCAGCAGCUCUGUACGCUCAUCACGCUUUUAAAGUACAUUUCUUUGGCGUCCAGCUUCACGACUACGACGUGAAGCCUCUUAAUGCAACGUUUUAUACAGGACGUGAACAGACGACGACGAAUUUUCCUGUCUCUUUUUUGAACUUGGAUAAAGUCCAGGAAAAUCGCCUACAUCAUUUGACAAAUUUGGCGGGUUCAAAUAGACACGACAAAGUGUGAAAGGAUGCACUGUCGUCGUUGUCGUCGUUGCGUUAAGCUCCCUAAUGCAGGCAAAGUGGUAUCUCUUUGAUCGUCUUUCGACUGUUAUGCCUCGGAUCUUCAGUUUGCGAGAAGUGGCUGAAAUAUUGAUUAAUUUAUUUGUUUAUUUGUUAUUUUCAGACGGAGAAGUUGAUAGUAACCCAGCUCAAUACCGAGAAAUACAAGUCAAUCAGCUCUCGGAAGCAAGUGAAGCCCCUGGCUUUCUGCCGCCGAUACAAACAACCGGAAUGUACUCCAUGGUUCACUAAUCAACAUUGAUUUGUAUUUCAAAAUUAUAUGAGUAAUUAUCCACGACAUUAUAGAGCCCUGUUAUUACAACUACUGCGGAGAUAUUUUUACGUUGCGUUUUAGGCAAUUUAUCGAUCAUUAUAGAACGUUUUACGCGAGAAGAUUUAAAUAUCAUUUUUUCAUCUCUCUUUAAUUGGACAGUGCUAAAUGAUUUUUCCUACGUGUUUCAUAACCCCAACGUUUUUUGGUUUUCUGGCUUUCUGCAUCAAAUAUUUUUUUGAAAACACUACUUUAAAAUCAAAAGAUCCUGUAAGAUAGGAAGAGAUUUGCCGGUUAUAGCGCCAGAUGAACGUGGAAAUGGCUGAUGAAACUCCGAUUCGGAUUCAUAUUGGAGUUCAAAACGAGAUGGGAAGAGGCGAGGAACUGCAAAGGACAGGCCCCGAGAUAUUCUGUAGAAACCACUAAUAAAAGGAAACUGCGAUUUUAUUUAAAAGGACGACGGAGUUUCUGGUGUUUGACCACAGAAGACUAUUUUAAGGGAUUAUAGAUAGAUAUUUAAUGUAGGCAUCGUGUAAAUAAAACGCUGCAACACAGCAUCCAGAAGCGCA